GACACCUCCUUCCGGCCAGCUUCGGUUUCCUCCGCGAGGAGCCUCGCCCUCUUCCGGGGCCACACGUCAACGUUCUCGCUUCCCGGUAACUAAGGCGAUGAGAGGGACUUCCCACUGAAGCGAGCGGACGUCUUAUUGGAGUAGGGCGAGCUCCUGAGGCGCGCUGGCUGUGGCUAGGAAACAGUUCCCUAGGCGCCGGUAUUUCGUGAAGCAGAAAGGUUUAGAGGUGAACGUGGAGAAACUUGUAUUCUGAGUAAUUGUGAUUUUUAAGAGCCAACCACGUCUGUCUUGCCCUGUUCCAAGAUGGCGGCGCAGCCUUUCUAAGUGUCUUGCUUCCGCUCGCCCGCCGGGGAGGCGCUCUUUGAUUGGCCAGCGGACGGCGCCGUGGCGUGACGCACAGGACGCUAACCAAUCGGCUUAGGGCUGAGUUGGACUUGGCGGUGGGAACUGGAGCCCGGCUCUUGCAGCGGUGGGUGCGUACGGCUGCGGCCAGGUGAGCGGUUCCGGCCAGACAAUGGCAACAUACCUGGAAUUCAUUCAGCAGAAUGAAGAACGCGAUGGCGUGCGUUUUAGUUGGAAUGUGUGGCCUUCCAGCCGUCUCGAGGCUACAAGAAUGGUUGUUCCCCUGGCUUGUAUCCUUACUCCUUUGAAAGAACGUCCAGACCUGCCCCCUGUACAGUAUGAACCAGUGCUUUGCAGCAGGCCAACUUGCAAAGCCAUUCUCAAUCCACUUUGUCAGGUUGAUUAUCGAGCAAAGCUUUGGGCUUGUAAUUUCUGUUUCCAAAGAAAUCAGUUUCCUCCGGCUUAUGCAGGCAUAUCUGAGGUGAAUCAGCCUGCUGAAUUGAUGCCCCAGUUUUCUACAGUUGAGUACGUGAUACAGCGAGGUGCUCAGUCCCCUCUGAUCUUUCUCUACGUGGUGGACACAUGCCUGGAAGAAGACGACCUCCAGGCACUCAAGGAAUCCCUGCAGAUGUCCCUGAGUCUCCUUCCUCCAGAUGCGCUGGUGGGCUUGAUCACGUUUGGGAGGAUGGUGCAGGUCCAUGAACUCAGCUGUGAGGGGAUUUCCAAGAGUUAUGUCUUCCGGGGGACGAAGGAUUUAACUGCAAAGCAGAUACAGGACAUGCUGGGCCUGACCAAGCCUGCCGUGCCCGUGCACCCAGCGCGCCCAGCACAGCCACAGGAGCACCCUUCCAUUUCCAGCAGAUUUCUGCAGCCCAUUCACAAGAUCGACAUGAACCUCACUGAUCUUCUUGGGGAGCUGCAGAGGGACCCAUGGCCCGUACCUCAGGGGAAGAGACCGUUGCGAUCCACUGGUGUUGCUUUGUCCAUUGCUGUUAGCUUGUUGGAGGGCACUUUUCCAAACACGGGAGCCAGGAUUAUGCUGUUUAUUGGGGGUCCCCCUACCCAAGGACCUGGCAUGGUGGUUGGAGAUGAACUAAAGGUUCCUAUUCGUUCCUGGCACGAUAUUGAGAAAGACAACGCCCGCUUCAUGAAAAAGGCAACCAAGCACUAUGAGAUGCUUGCUAACCGAGCUGCUGCAAACGGUCACUGCGUUGAUAUUUACGCUUGUGCCCUUGAUCAGACUGGACUUCUGGAGAUGAAGUGCUGCACAAACCUUACUGGAGGCCACAUGGUGAUGGGAGAUUCUUUCAACACUUCUCUCUUCAAGCAGACAUUCCAAAGAAUUUUUAGUAAAGAUUUUAAUGGCAAUUUCCGAAUGGCAUUUGGUGCUACAUUGGAAGUAAAGACCUCGCGGGAACUGAAGGUUGCCGGAGCCAUAGGCCCUUGUGUGUCUCUGAACGUGAAAGGACCGUGUGUGUCAGAAAACGAGCUUGGUGUUGGUGGCACGAGUCAGUGGAAAAUCUGUGGCCUGGAUCCCACGUCUACGCUCGGCAUCUACUUUGAAGUAGUCAAUCAGCACAACGCCCCGAUCCCGCAGGGGGGCCGCGGCGCCAUCCAGUUCGUCACGCACUAUCAGCACUCCAGCACCCAGCGGCGCAUCCGCGUGACUACCAUCGCCCGCAAUUGGGCAGAUGCACAGAGUCAGCUCAAACACAUCGAAGCAGCAUUUGACCAGGAGGCUGCAGCGGUCCUGAUGGCGCGGCUGGGAGUGUUCCGAGCGGAGUCGGAGGAGGGGCCGGAUGUGCUCCGGUGGCUGGACCGACAGCUCAUCCGACUGUGUCAGAAGUUUGGACAAUAUACCAAAGAAGACCCCGCAUCUUUUAGGUUAUCAGAUUCCUUCUCUCUAUAUCCUCAGUUCAUGUUCCAUCUGAGGAGGUCUCCGUUUCUUCAAGUCUUCAACAACAGCCCUGAUGAGUCGUCGUAUUAUCGACACCACUUUGCCCGACAGGACCUAACCCAGUCGCUCAUCAUGAUCCAGCCCAUCCUCUACUCCUAUUCCUUCCACGGGCCGCCAGAGCCUGUGCUCUUGGACAGUAGCAGCAUUCUAGCUGACAGAAUUUUGCUGAUGGACACAUUCUUCCAAAUUGUCAUUUAUCUUGGUGAGACCAUAGCCCAGUGGCAGAAAGCGGGCUACCAGGACAUGCCUGAGUACGAAAACUUCAAGCACCUUCUGCAGGCACCCCUGGACGAUGCUCAGGAGAUCCUGCACACGCGCUUCCCCAUGCCGCGGUACAUCAACACGGAGCACGGAGGCAGCCAGGCUCGCUUCCUUUUGUCCAAAGUGAAUCCAUCUCAGACACACAAUAACCUGUAUGCUUGGGGACAGGAAACAGGAGCGCCCAUCCUGACUGAUGAUGUUAGCCUGCAGGUGUUCAUGGACCAUUUGAAGAAACUGGCUGUCUCCAGUGCCUGCUGAGCUGAGGACAUGAGAAGGAAAUGGAGGAAAACACGGUCACACUGUGCUCACAGUUGUUUGUAAAGGCUUAACGUUCCUUUUACUUUUCUGCUGCAUUUUAAUAAAUAAUCAAAAGAAGUGUUAUGUAACUCUUCAGAUUUUAAUUUGCUUGUAUUCCUUAUCUGUGCCCUUUUCUUUACACCAUAAAAUUAUAAGGUCAUAAACGUUUUGGUACCGGUAGAUGUUUAUAUGCUUUUUGUAUUCUAACUUUUAGAGUCUGUAUAAAAUCAGAACUAAUGUAUUUUGGCAGCUUGCUUACAUGAAAAUCAUAAUGAUCAGAAAGGAAAUAAAUCUGGAUGAAGAAGCACUGGUUAAAAUAAUGCUAAUACAAAUUUGAUUUCUGA